AACCUAACCUGAGUUCAAAGAAUUUAAGAUAUGGAACUCAAAUCGUCAAUCUUGAUCAAACUUUUGAUCGUGCAGUAUCUCUCAGUUCUUUGUCUUUCACAGGAUUUUGAUUUCUUUUACUUCGUUCAACAGUGGCCAGGAGCAUACUGUGACACAAAGCAUACUUGCUGCUAUCCUAAGACAGGAAAGCCUGCGGCAGAUUUCGGCAUUCAUGGACUUUGGCCUAAUUACAAAGAUGGUUCAUACCCGUCCAACUGUGAUCCGGCUAGUGUCUUCAAUAAAGCAGAGAUUUCAGAGCUGAUGAGCAGUAUGGAAAAGAAUUGGCCAUCACUAAGCUGCCCGAGCAGCAAUGGGCUGAGGUUCUGGUCACAUGAAUGGGAGAAACACGGGACCUGCUCAGAGUCAGAACUUGACCAGCGGGACUACUUUGAAGCAGCUCUUAAACUGAAGGAGAAAGUAAACCUCCUACAAAUCCUCAAGAAAGCUGGUAUCAAACCAGAUGAUGGAUUCUACAGCUUGGAGAGCAUUGUGGAAGCCAUCAAAGAGGCGACUGGGCACACCCCCGGGAUAGAGUGCAAUAAGGAUUCAGCUGGAAACAGCCAACUUUACCAGAUUUUCGUGUGUGUCGACACUUCCGGCUCUGAAAUCAUCGAGUGUCCGGUGCUACCAAAGGGUAGAUGUGCUUCAAAUCUCCAGUUUGCUAAGUUCUAGCCAUUGUGGUUGAUCACGAAUAUAUUUCUCCACAUCAUUAAUUUACCGCUCAUCAUUUUCAUC